AUGCGAUCAUACUUUCUAUAUGGCCACAGCAUAAGAAUUAGUUUACGAUAUGAAGAAAUGCAAUCCCGGGUGGAGGAGGCAGUGGAACGACAUAGGAAGUCAUGGCUUGGGCUAGUCGAGGAGACCUGUCGCGAGGAGCUAGUUCCUUAUGGGGACCCCAGUGACUCGAAGCGAAAGAGUUUUUCGAAAAUUGGCGCGCCGGUCCGUAGAGUUUCAAAUGUGGCGGGGAUGAUUCCUGUUGCAUACACUGAGACUGAAACCACGAAGGGAAGAGACGAACAAGUACUGUAUUCGUCAUUGCUAUGGGCGUGUCUUUGGAAUGGCGUGAGGAGUUCGCCGAUCUACGCCACAGAAGUGACGCCGGCCUCUAAAUGCGUGUUCUGGUGCAAGACGCCAGAUGUCGUCAGGUUUUACUGUUGCGAUAAUGACGGCGAGACAGUCGAUCCGCAAGAGCCUGAGCACGAUGGCAGAUGUCCCCAGGUGCGAGGCGAAUGCCCCGGGAAAUACAAGAAUCUUCCCGGUACACUGCCUGACUUCGAUAUUCUCGGGGUGCCUUAUCCGGAUGACCCCAAGCUUUGUGCCCAUGACAGUGCCUGCCGCGCCUGGGAGAAGUGUUGCUAUGAUCACUGCUUCGAACGCCACGUCUGCAAGUUUGCGCAUAGUACUGGCACAAAUAUAGAGUAUUCGGAGAAUCCAUUCCGGGACGGAGACAUUGUCCAAGAAUCAACGUAUCUGUCAGGAUGA